UUAGCAUUGUAGCAUACGCUAAAGCAUAAACACCAUGAAAUGAGUGCCGCUAGUCCCAGCUCCGACUCCAAUUUGAAGAAACGACUCUCCAAAUCCAUUUCCACAACAGAUGCGUACAACUUGAAACUUAAUAUGAUGGACGUAGAUAAGGAGAGCCAGGACAUGCUAGCCAAGAACAACAGAAUACGGACCAGAAACAUUUUCAUAAACGCAGUGGCUGUAAUGUUGGUCUACAGCAGUUACUACGGCGGCGCUGCAGUCAUGCCGACGGCGUUUUCAGACAUGGACGGGAGGCACGGUGUAGACAAGCACACAGCCUUUACUGGACUCAUGAUAAAUAACCUGUUUGUUGUGAUUGCUGCGUUUGUCACACCCUUUAUCAUGAAGCUGAUCGGGAUGAGACUAAGUUUAGUGCUGGGAUCCAUGUGCAGUAUUCCUAUUACCCUAGCCCUCUUCAUGCCUUACAACUUCACUAUAUUCAUUGGACAGGCUAUUAAUGGAAUUGGAAACGCUUUUUCACGCGCGGUAAGUCUGCAGUUUCUCUCGGAGAAUUCCACAAAGGAGAAGAUGGCAAGGAAUAGCGGUAUUCAUUGGAUGAUAUUCAUGAGUUGUAUAUUGUUUGGGAACACUGUUCUUUACUUUGGUAUUGGCGAUAAGAAGUUUCUUGAUGACAAUACCAGAAUGGUGGUGUCAGGAGCGUUAACAGCAAUGUGUGUGACGGGUUGUAUCCUUUACUGCUUCACUGUCACCCCACCUCCACUCCCUCCUUCCGGGCUGGAGGACGAAGAAGCACCCCUCAUUGGCAAAAAGAUGAGUUUUUCAUCUGCUGGUACAAGCUCACGAUCAGAUUCCGAAUCAACAGCGGGCAGCAAGAUUGAAGACUACGAUGAACUUACCCUGUUGGGGCAGCUAAAAACGUCUCUUCGACCUCUCUUCAAGAGGAAAAACAUUUAUCUACUUCUCCCUCUGUGCUCUACAGGUAUAUACUCUCAACUCUACACCCCACUCAUCCCUGCCUACAUCGGUAUUCUUUUUGAGGAGAGAUCGUUCGUGGCUCAGUUUGGAAUAUUUGUAGGACUCGGAGAAAUUAUAGGUGGUCGGCCAGCAGGGAAGAUAGUCGCAAGGCUUGGAUUUAAACGAACAGCCGUUAUCACUACGACACUGGGCGUAGCUGCCUACCUUCUUAUCGCCUUCAUGUUCCCUCUGUUUUACAGUCAUUCAGUACCAGCUCUCUAUCCUAACAGAUGGGGUAACAACAUGCUCGGUAUCGCUAUAGGAAUAAUAGACGUCACAAACAACGUAAUAAUAACAACAGCUAUAGGAACUGUCUACAAAGACGACUCAGCCCAAAUAUUUACUCUGGUAGUGCUUAUGAUGAACUCAAGCGGCAUCAUCCGCUAUAUCAUGAUGUCGUAUAUGCCUCUUGUUGCGAUUGUAUCUGUUAAUGUUAUUGGGCUGGUUGGAAGUUGCGGCAGUUUAUGUUUGAUUCCUAGCUCAAUGUUGCAUUAUUAGUGUCCCACGUAGCAGUGUUGUUUAAUUUUGACUACAGUUAUAUGUCCAAUUAUAAAGAUUCAAUGAUUAAUAACUGGUUCAUCGAUAUUUUAGCUAUAAAACAGUAAUCCUGCUCCCAGCAAUCUAAUGGGUAUUAAAUUGUGACGAAAAUAUUUUCACGGUGAAUGCAAAUGAAGGAUCAAUUUUGAUUAUUUUAGUUAAUUGUUCAUGUUUGAUUUUAAUUUUUCCGAUUUAUACUAUUACUUAUAUUUAGAUAUUUAAAAAUGGAAAAAAUCAAAAAAUUAGUGACUUCAUAAAUUGAUUGUCAUUUGUCAUUGCAUUGAUUGUUUUAACUUAAAGAAUAUUUUUUAAAUCGAUAUUUUUGUCCUAGGAGCUAAGUAUGAAUAUUGCACUAUAAUACACAUUGAUUAAAACAUUAAUACUAAUUAUUAAUUA